AAAUCCAUGGCGGGUCAAGCCUUCUUCGGGAGCGAACUGACGCCAUCGUCGUAACGAAGAAGAAGAAGAAGAGGAGUCCCAACCGAAGCGAUCGGAAGCGAAGUUCUCUUCGAUUCGAUCCCCCGCGGCGGCGCAUCGCCGGCGAUCGCGAUGGAGAAGAAGGAGGAGCCGGUCAUCGGAGUGCCGUACUACCCGGCGGCGCAGAACCCCUACCAGGCCGGGAUGAUACCCCCCCACGCCAUCUUCGGGGAUCCGAAGGGGAUCCCGAUCCAACAGACGAUCUACCGGGACACCCCCGCUCCGUUCAGCUGCGUCUACUGCGGCGGUUCCGGGGUCACCACCGUCAAAUCAAAGCCUAGUCUGGCAGCCGUUGUUGGUUGCAUGAUGCCAAUGAUGCUUGGAAUUUGCUUUCUUUGUCCUUCAAUGGACUGUCUCUGGCAUAAAUAUCACUACUGCCCAAGCUGCAAAGAAAAGGUUGCUGAUUUCGAAAAGUCGGACGCUUGUGCUGUGGUGGAUCCUUCACAGUGGAAUCAAGAGAGCUUUGCAUUGCCAGCAUGAUAUGACGCAUCGUUGAUAUACCUUCUGCCAAUACAUUACUGUUCAUGUCUCUUGCAGUACUUUUUUCGGACGAUGUUCUGUAUAUGCUUCUGCUACAUGUAUGUUAUAGGAAUCCCUGGGGACGCAUACUCGCACCUAUGAUUCUCCAUAAAUAUCCAUGUUGUGAGAAGGUAAAGACUUGAUCUUUUGUUUAUAUAGAAGAUUGCAAUUCCCGAAUAAGCAUCUAUCUCUUCAAA